ACUGAUCGCUAUCCGUCGUGAAACGCUACAAAACUAGAGUCAAUUUUGUGUCAGUUCAAUUUCGAGGAACCGAGGAAAGGUCGUCCAUGGCGUCCAUCAGCGUUAAUCUCGCGAAACCAGCCGUCUUCGCCGCCAACUCAGCCAGGAAGCCUUCAGCUCCGUGCAGCUCCGCCGAUUGCAGAACCACAGCGUUCCUCGGAUCGAAGAUCUCUUUCUCGCGCGACGUGAUGCUGAAAAAUAAACAGAGAAAGCAGAUGACGGUGGUUGCCGCAGCCGGCGACGUCUCGGCGAACGGAACGACAUACCUGAUCGCUGGCGCAGUCGCUAUCGCGUUGAUUGGAACCGCCUUUCCGAUUCUCUUCCAGCGCAAGGAUCUGUGUCCGGAGUGCGAUGGAGCAGGAUUCGUGAGGAAAUCAGGAUCGACGUUGAGGGCGAACGCUGCGAGGAAGGACCAGGUUCAGAUCGUAUGCGCCCGGUGCAAUGGUCUCGGCAAGCUGAACCAAAUCGACAAAGUCAAAUAAGUCACAGAUAUUCUGUAUGUAAAGUUUCCGUACAGUACACGAGUACAGUGUGAUCUCAAGUUUGUAUAAUUGUACGGUACUUUUGUGAAGAGUUUAUUUAAUUAAGGCCCAAUUGGUAAUUUGCAUGAAA